AUGUCCGUCGCAUAUCCAGAGGAAGAAUGCUUCUUCAAGCGCUCAACCCUGACUACCUCAACCUCUAAUGCCGAGAAACCAGAGCAUUUCUGCUCCCACAUGAUGUUAGAGUAUAUCUGGAACAGGCCAGCAUUUGUUGGGCCCGAUAGCUUGGGAAAAUUUGACCUCCACCACCACCCACGAGCCGCAUACAAAGCGCCUUACAAUGACCGAUACCGGCAGGCGAUGCAUGAUCUCUGUGUCAGCGGAAAUCGCUUUCGGGAUCAGGAAAAAGGUGGAUCUCUUGAGUCAUGGGUUAUGAUGAUGCCGAUGCCACAAUUGGCGAAGAGAGAGGACUGGCUUCUUAUUGAUCGUACGGCUUGCAUCCGUGCGAUUGACAUUCCCGUCGCGCAGCAGACCUCGGAGGAUUAUUCAGAACUAUGUACAUUUCUCCAGGUCAAUUUCGCCAUCAAAAGAGAUGCCAGUAUCAUGACCCAUCCCGAGAUCUGGAGUGUUGACGCUCGGGAUUAUCUCGUUGGCGAUGAUGAGCAAACAUUUCCACUUGACCCUACUAUGGGCCUGCUUCCGGACGGACGGUGGACGCUGGCAAUAAACAUCCACAGGCUUGUCAAUCUACUCUCGCGGCGUUUUGACAGCACCAUGAGAUCUAUUAUUCCCGUCGCAGAUCUGGCUCUGAUGGUUUCUGAGGAAGUUCAGAAGAGUGCCAAGGAGCAGAGAGCAUAUUUGUCUGAAGGAUGGAUUGGCGGUUCUGGUGGUCUCUUUGGCUUUGCAUUUAGCGCGACGCAAUCUGACACCCGGUCUAUAAGUGAGACUACGACCCAGCCUCCGACGCAGCUGGCGACAACGACCAAGGCGGAGCCGGUAAAGGCCGCGUCACCAGAGGUGCUCAAGAAAUACGAGUCAAUCAGGAAAGUCAGGUAUUGGUCACUUCUGAAACCUGCAUCGGCGCCAGCUCCAGCUCCAGCGCCUAUCAAAACAAAGUCUCAGCCACCCAAGGAAGACGCGCCUCCUAGCAUAGAGAUAGUCAAAGAAGUGCCAGUAGCACCUGAUGUACCUUUGAAGGCACCUCCGAAGCUCUCUCUCGAAGAACUGAAGCCAAGUGCAUCUUUUCAACCCGCUACCCAGGCUCUGCUCAACUCAGGAGAUGCUUCAGCCACAACGGGUAAUGAAGAUGACGUUGCUGGCGAGGUCCUCGAAGAGAAUUCCCAGGAGGCAUCGGACCAGCCUGAAGAGUCCUCCGCAAAUUUCUAUGACUGGUUGACUGACUAUCUUGGAGACGAGCUUUGGUUUGAGGAGGAAGAUGAGGGAGAGGAGGAGGAGGAGAUAUAGGCAAUGGGAUUUAGAUCCAUAUC